CGUCUCCUUUGAAAGAGGCACGUCUCUUCACAGCCAACGCUCGCGCUUCUGUCAGCUGCUGUGCGACCUCAGUUGUCCACGCACGCAUUUUGUUUGCGUUCUUCCAUCGAUUUGUGUGUUUUGUCCGUGCACUUGCGUGACCAUGGAAGAGGCCAACCAGUUAAUCGGCGCCGGUAAGAAGCACCUGGUGACGGGCAAAGUGGUGGAGGCUGUGACUGCCCUCCAGGAGGCCUGCGGAAUUCUAGCAAAAGCAUACGGGGACACUGCAGAUGAGUGUGCUGAGGCAUUUUUCUGGUGUGGCAAAGCGCUGUUGGAGUUGGCAAGGAUGGAGAACACUGUACUCGGUAAUGCUUUGGAAGGAGUCCCAGAGGGCGACGACGACGAGAAACCGAAAGACUCCACCGUGGAGGGCGCAGAAAAUGUUGACGCAGAAAAGACGAGAGAUGAGCUGAGAGUUCGAGUGUAUGAUGCCGUGGCAGAGAAAGCUGAAGGGGACAGCAAACGUGAUGUAACUGGAAGCAAAAUGGAGGAAAGUGAGGCCGACAGAUCUGCGCUUCUAAAGGAAGUGGAAGGUGAGCUGGAAGAACUGGCAGAUGAGGAGGGAAAUGCAGCUGACAAGAAGGUAGAAGAACCAGCAGACAAAGUGAAAGAGAGAGAAGCUGACAAAAAGGUUGAAGACCCGGCUGGUAAUAACUUAGAACCAUCAGAGAAAAUGGAAGACGCUGAAGCAGACAAGGUACAGGACCCGGCCGGUAAGACAGAACCACCACCAGAGAAAAUGGUAGCCAACGGGACACGCAAGUUAGGAGAACCGUCAGAGAAAAUGGAAGAUGCUGAAGCAGACAAAAAGGUAGAAGACUCAGCUGCUAAGAAGGCAGAAGAACCAUCAGAGAAGAUGGCUGACAAGAAGGUCGAACCAGCUGAGAAAAUGGAAGAGGAACCAGCAGAGGGAGCCGAAGAUGGCGAUGAGGAAAGUGGAGAUGAUGCAGAGCAGCAAGUCGAGGACAUCGACGCUGGAGAAAAGGAGAGCGAUGAUGAUGAGGAGGAGGAGGAGGAGGAGGAGGAGGAGGUGGGAAACCUUCAGCUGGCCUGGGAGAUGCUGGAAGUAGCGAAAGUCAUCUAUAAGAGAAAAGAGUCAAAGCAGGACCAGCUCAUGGCAGCUCAGGCCCACUUAAAACUCGGAGAAGUUUCUGCUGAGUCUGGGAACUUCACCCGAGCACUGGAGGACUUCCAGGAGUGUCUUUCUCUGAGGCUGAAACACUUGGACUCGGACAGCAGACUUCUUGCGGAGACGCACUACCAGUUGGGUUUCAUGUUCCACUUGAACCGGCAGUACAAAGAGGCCAUCGGCCAGCUCAAGCGCUCCAUCCAUGUCAUAAAGAGCAGGCUGGAAAAACUGACCGAGCUGAUCGAAAAGGCUGCUGGCCGUGACGAGCUUCCUGAGGAGAGGAAGGAGAUAGAGGAGCUGGAAGCUCUGCUGCCGGAAAUCCAGGAGAAAAUGGAGGACGCCGCCGAUGGCCUGAAAAUGCUUAACGCUGAGGCUACGAAGGGUGUGCUGGAUGGCGCCUCUGGUUCCACUGGACAGAGUGGGGACGCCUUAACCACUUCAUCAACAAAUGGCUCACCGUCCAAAGUCACUUCUGCCAACGAUGCCGCUGCCAACGCUCCAGUGUCUGACAUCAGCCACUUGGUCAGGAAGAAGAGGAAACCAGAAGAGAGUCCUGUGAAAGAAGGUGCGGUCAAGAAGGUGAAGCAGGAUGAUGGUGUGCACAAAGCCAAUGGUGACACUAAGGCACACUAACAGUAUGGAGGUGUAUAGUCUGUGGCCUCUUCGCUCUCACUUUACCUCAACAAGAACUGAUGUGCUGUUACCAAGAUCGCAAACCCUUGUGAAUCAUUUUUUGUACAAUGUUAAAUAAAAAUGUUUUGUAUGUCUUUUGAAGUUGUGUGGUGAAACAAUGCCAACAUUGGUAAGUUUCUUAACUGCUGGAUUUGUGGAGUUGUUUCCAUAUGGUUUUUGAUGUCCCAACAAACAGUUUGUGCCAUCAUCUCGGCUACACUUUUAUUGCACUCGUUUGGUAGCUCUGGUUGCUUUUAAAAAUGCAAGUAGUAAUGUUGGCAUUGAUCCACCCCACAUUGUUGCACAGACCCUCUCCCUGAUGUAAAUCCUGUUUUUUUCCUAAUAAAAUG